AUGGGAAGACCAAAGAUACAGUUAAAUGUUCAGUCCGAAGAAGAUAGUAUCUCAAAUGAAAGUUCCUAUGAAAAAUAUAAAAAAUUAAAACGAAAAUUUAAAGAACUUUUUAAGAUAAAUGAACAAUUAAAUCAAGAAUAUUCCCGAACAUUAAAAGAAUUAACACAAUUUAUUCCAGAAUCAAAAUCCAUCAACGAUACGCGAGAAUUAACACAAUCAACUUCAGAAUCGAAUACUCGAGAUGUUCAAGAUAUUCAAAAUGCUCACGAUAUUCAAAAUGUUCAGGAUGCUCAAAAUGCUUUUAAAAUUAUUGAUAUUAUUGAGGCUGAUGCUAACUCCUCUCGUACACUUAAGAGAAAGGCAACCAAUGAUAAUGACCAACCCAACAUCAUACCAAAACGCAGAAAAGCUCCUCUUAAAGUUCCAAGAAAUAUCAAGGCACAUUGUAUAGAUAAAGAUGAAAACGGUGACUUCAUUUUACCAGUAGGAAUCGGAUUACAUACUUUAUUAAGUCAUGGAACAAUCGUGUAUGAUCGUCCGACCUUUCAUAACAAUCGUUAUAUUUAUCCGAUUGGAUAUUCUAUCCGAAGACCUUAUUUUAGUAUGAUUGAUCCCUUGAAAAAUACUAUCUAUACAUCACGAAUUGAAGAUGGCGUUGAUGGACCAAAGUUCAUCGUUCAAGCCCAGGAUCAACCGAAUGACCCAAUCGUUGCAUCAAGCGCGACAGGAGCUUGGACACCUGUCAUUAAACAAGCAAAUAAUAUUCGAAAUAGAAAACAUUCUAAUGCCGCGUCUGGUCCAGAUUAUUUUGGGUUAUCCCAACCCACGAUUAGAAAAAUGAUCCAGGAAUUACCAAACGCAGAAAAGUGUAAAAAUUAUGCUUUUCAGGUAUUCGAGUUGUAUAGUGGUGGUAUAAUGAAAAAGGUCUUCAAAAAGUACGAUAUCAAAGAUUAA